UUCCUGUGAUCGGUUCAGUGUUUGUGCUGUUUUUCUUGGCUAAGGAGGAGAGCCGAAAACCGACCGUAAGGCAAAAGAAACGGCUUUAAUUGAUUAAUAUCAAAUUCUAAUUGGAGCCAAGUGCCAGUAAUAUUUGACACAGUUUUAAGAAAAUUGCAUUGAACAAGCGCAAAAAUGGCCGAUGAAGCACAAGCACCACCAGCUGAGGGCGCCGCACCCGCCGAGGGUGCAGAGGCAGCACCACCUGCCGAGGGAGCCGAAGGCGCUGAGGGUGCACCGCCAGCUGAGCCCGCUGCACCAACCGAGCCGAUCAAGCACUCCUACACGCUUUUCUACUUCAAUGUCAAGGCCUUGGCCGAGCCGUUGCGUUACCUCUUCGCCUAUGGAGGCAUUGAGUACGAGGAUGUGCGUGUCACACGUGACGAAUGGCCCGCCCUUAAGCCGACCAUGCCUAUGGGUCAGAUGCCCGUUUUGGAGGUGGAUGGCAAGCGUGUUCAUCAGAGCAUCUCGAUGGCCCGUUUCCUGGCCAAGACUGUGGGAUUGUGUGGUGCCACACCCUGGGAGGAUCUGCAGAUCGAUAUUGUUGUUGACACCAUCAAUGACUUCCGUCUAAAAAUUGCAGUCGUUUCGUACGAGCCGGAGGACGAAAUCAAGGAGAAGAAGUUGGUCACCCUGAACUCGGAGGUCAUUCCAUUCUAUCUGGAAAAACUAGAGCAGACCGUUAAGGAUAACGAUGGACACUUGGCCUUGUCGAAGCUCACUUGGGCCGAUGUCUACUUUGCUGGCAUCACUGACUACAUGAACUACAUGGUCAAGCGCGAUUUGCUCGAACCCUAUCCGGCAUUGCGCGCCGUCGUCGAAACCAUCAACGCCUUGGAGCCCAUCAAGGCCUGGAUUGAGAAACGUCCAGUAACUGAGGUCUAAGGCAGCCACUCACUCACCAGACUUGGCAGCAUCACAGCGAAAAAGAAAACACAUUACACCACAACAAGAUCGCCCACACACACAACACACCAUUUUGUUCCUUUUUUGUAGACUUAUAAACCCACAGAUUUUCGCAAAUCGGCAAUGGGCUCCGUUCUAACUACGUUUAGGUUAAAGCACAUGGUACUAAAUAAUUCUUUGCAUAAUUCUCUUUGCAUUAUAAUGAAAUGGAUCUACUAAUUAAUUUAAAUCGAAUUUUGGGGAUCGCGUCUUAAUAAAAUUGCACAGCCUUAAUAUAUUGCUCUACUUUUAGAACGUUUAGCACGUAAUAAUUAAAAAGAAAAUUUAACUUUUCUUUUAUGAAUAUAUAUACAAUCGCUUUCAUAUAUUUACAUAACAUAAUGUAUGCAAAUCGCACAUCCUUCUAGGCUUAUAAACUAUAUUUGUAAUUCGCAAAAUAUUUAAACAACAGUUCAAAACAGCAAUAACAAUUACAGCAGCUAUCAGCCGAAAAUUUAUAUAUAUAUCAUUUUUUAUUCGAGCGCAACAUCGGCCACCCUCAAGAAUUUUCUUUGUCAUAAAAAAGACUCAACAAAAAAAAUUUAGUCACAACAAAAUUGUAGUCACCACUCGAAUGUAAUAAACAAGAAACAGACGAAAACUGCCAACUAAAUUUAACUAUUUUAUUAUUUUUCUAACGGCCAAGCGCUUAAACUUUGUAAUUGUAUUUUCAAAAUAUUCUCACAAUGUUAAAAAAUGAACAACACUUUAAAUAAACAACACACAAAAAAAAUUAA